UUUACCCUGUCCGCCGACACUCUUCCAAACCUUUCAAUUAAUUGUUGUGUGAACAAUACAUUCGGUUAGAUCGCAAAUCGUGCAGCGUGCGGUUUGAAGGUCGCAAGUUCGUUGACCACCAAUUUCGUUAUACACAGUACGUGCUGUCGUUAAAGUAAUACUAAGCAAAUUGUACAGUAACAGGAAACUUAGCCGAAAAUUCCAUUGAUUUGUUUUCGGUUGUAAUUGUGAUAAAAACAACUCGUUUGUCUAUCAAGGCGUUUCUACAUUGUAUCGUAACAAUCCACACUGCUACGUUAUCGUGAGGCUUGGUCAUCUGUGCGCCGAUCAAAAGAAGGUCGACAGUUUUUACAUUGUUUUACAUUUUUGUACGAAUUAAGCGUAUAUUGUUAGGAGUGUUCGUAAAUCUACUGUUACGUCGAACGCACCAGUUUACUACCGUAAUCGUCUGAGUUCUUAGGACGGUUAAGCAGCGUUACUGCAUUCCUAGCCAGCACCAUCGACCAUGAGCAAUAACAGCAUGACUAACAGCAUCUAUGAAUCCAGAUCCUUCCCGGAUCUGGUUGCGAAUUUGACCGCCGAAAGCGCUAAAAUGUUUAACGGCAGGCAGCCGUACCCCGGACAGGGGGGUUUUAAUAUGAAGGGCUAUAGCCAACAGGCCGCACCACAUGUCUCGCAAAUGAGUGGCCACUGCAACCAGAAGCAGCGCUAUACACCGUAUCCAAGCCCCAACUAUGGUGGCAUAGCCGGUGGGCCUGGUAACUGCGGUGCACCGAGCGCUAAUCAAAGCAGUCUUUGUCAGCCCAAUGCGAAUCAGUUGCAGCCCCCAUUUCAGCCGGGAAACAGCUACGGCCAACAGCAGCAGGUUUCCAACAAAUCGCUCAACUCUUCGCUCAACAGUAGCGGAUCCGAUUCGGGCAAGAACUCGACCUUCUAUAGCAACAACACCAGUGGCUGUAGCAGCCCGCAUCAGAGCAACUACUCCACGGAUAGUUUGAGCACCGGCACCAGCAUCCUGAGCAACCUGAGCGCCUCGAUGAAUUCCAGUGGCUCGGGAACGGGACCGGGAACGGGGUCACUAGUACCUACGCCACCAUCGGAGCAGCCGUCGAACGGAACGGCAUCGGAUCCGGAGAAGGAAUCGGUGGUGCUCCAGAUCAGUAAUCUCGAUGCGUCCAUUGAGGAGCACAAAAUGCGCCAGUAUCUGCUUUGCCAGCUGAAACCGAUCACACCCGUCCUUUCGCUGUCGAUCGAAAGUCCUUCACUGGCGAAGGUGAAGGUUCCGUCGGCGCAAUGUGCCAAGCAGGUUGUGGCCAAUCUUCAUCGCAAAAAGAUCGGCCACAAGCGCAUGGUCGUGUCUUACAUUAAAGAUCCAUCCUCGGCCGAAUCAUCGGCCCUACGGUGCCAGGUGGCGGGCCUAUUGAAUGAUGUACCGUGCUAUAGCCUGCCGGUAAACAGAUUCCGGGAGCUAUUCCAGUCCCGGUUCAAGUCGUCGAUCUGUGUGCUCGAUCUGUAUCGCAUGCAGGACGUGUGCACCGUCUCUAUUGAUAAGAACGAUGAGAAGUACAUCACGCUCCAUCCCAAUCUGGUCGAUACACUGCGAAACAAUCCGCUGGUCGAAUCGUCCCAACACAGCGUCCCGUACUGUAUGUAUCACUUCAAGCAGCAAAAGGAGAAGGGUUGGGCAGAACAGGAGAUCGAACCGCUUCCGAGCGUCAUGAUGAGUAUUAACCAGCUUCAAUCGUUGAUAUAUUCGCUGUUGAAAACGCACAAAAGCGACAUCCCGGUGGCGAGCAUUCUGUACUGUAUCGAGCACGAGCUGCAGGUGAACAUUAUACCGAACGAAAAUGGAGUUCCACUCGAGCAUCUACUGUGCUGCAUCCGCGGGGUGCAAAUCACUAACAAUAGCUUCGGUAUUAAGGUGCUCUCGUGGUUGGACCACGAACUCAACUCCAGCAAAGACAAUGAUGAUGGCUGGUCCGCUAAUCUACGCUAUAUGCCGGUCAGCCCUUCGAACGAGUUUUUGCAACAAAUUUCACGCGAAGUCGUUGAACUGAUCAAGAUGUCUCCGAAGUCAACGAUGCGCUUCACACGCUUCAUACCGGCCUAUCACAACCAUUUCGGCAAGCAGUGCCGUGUGGCCGAUUACGGUUAUACAAGGCUGAUCGAGCUGUUCGAAGCGCUGUCGCCGGUGGUGCAGGUGAUGGGUGAUGGUGAGAACCGCCAUAUUACGCUAACCCACCGUACCCAGAUACGACGCUUCACAAACGAUCUGCUCAAGAUUCUGCGCAAUCGACCAAGCAAGUCGAUUCUGUUGUCCCAGCUACCGCUUAUUUUCUCCCAGGCGCAGUACCGACUGUUUGAUGUAACCGAUUACGGGGUCUGUGAUAUCUACGACAUCGUGGAUGGGCUCGUGUACAGCAACUGCAUUGUAACGAAGGUGUGCAAUGAGGUAGAUAUGCUGAUCUCGAUCGUUAAGAGAAAGCAAACGCCCGCAGAGCUGGAGAAAACGGCCGUGUUUGCCGCGGAAGUUGUAGAGCUGUUCCGCAAGGCACCUCAGUUUUCGAUUCCGUUCAAGAAACUCGUCCGCUCGUAUCACUACCAUUUCGGUUAUCAGUGUCGUUUGAGCGAUUAUGGGCUGCUGAAGCUGUCUGAUCUGCUCGAGGCACUCGGUGGGCUUGUGGAGAUGGAACAGAGUAACGAUGAAGAUCGUAAGACGUAUCUCAACUAUAGGGCUGCAGCUAGAAUCUUCGCCGAGCAGGUACAGGAGAUCAUCAAGCACUGUACGGGCAACCCUUGCUCGACGGUGCGCCUGAACGGGAUCCUCAAUGUUCACAAGAACAAGUACGGCUAUCAGCUGCAGGCGGGAUCGCUCGGGUUUUCCAACAUGUUCGACGCCAUCAAGGCACUGCCGUACACGGAGGUGUUCGAGUCCGGUGGCGAGUAUAUGGUGGUCUCGCACAUGGAGGAUCCCACCUUCCGUAUGCGUACGUAUGCGGUCUGCAUCGUGCUGAUGGAGUCGCAAAAGGAUCGUUUGCAAUUCUUUCAGUUAUCUCGCGUUUACCAGCAACGUUUUCGGGACUGUCUGAAUGAGAAACAAAUCGCGAGCAUGAAGCACGCCUUCACGAUCGAGGUGGAUAAAGGUCUGCAGACUGUGACAAUGACACCGCUGAUGAAGUUUGUCGUGAGCAUCGUACAAGUGUUGAAACAGCGAGCCCCAAUCACUUUGUAUGAUCUUAAACAAACCUUAAACGUAUCGCUGGGUACGUGUUUCGAAUUCGGACAUCCAAACCUGCCGUCAGUCAUCAACGCCUUUGCCGAUGUGUUCAAUGUUGCCAACUUGCCCUAUCUCAACGAACGCAGUGAAAUCGAUCUGAACCGCGAAUGCAUCCUAUCCAAAGUAUCCUUUGAAGAUCGUUCUGGUACAACGGGAAAUACAGAUGGGCCUUUUCCGCCUUUCGGUAUCUCUUCGACAAACAUGCCAUUCGGGGGUGGCGAUCCUUCCUGGCGUAACGGGAACAACCCUCAGAACUUUCCCCCAAUGCCACUGCUGAACGAUCCGUUCGGCAUGAAAGCACUGCAGCAGCGGGCAGCAGUAGCAUCGCAGCAGUAUCGUCAAGGUGCACAGCAACAGUUGCUCCCGUUGCAGGCACUGCAAUCCUCGCAACAGCUUACUCAGCAGCGUCCUCCGCUCAAUCCGUUCUUCACUAACCGUAAUCCAAACGUAGACUUGUCCAAUCCUUGGUACAACGGUGCGAACAACGGUAAUCCCAUGAUGUCAUUCCGCGGUGACACUGUCGAUUCCUUCUACAAGGAAGUCAAUUAUCAAAACGCUUUGCUCGCUAUGCAAAACGGACCGAUCGAGAACUCGCUGAACAAGUUUCGUUCGUCCGAUUAUGCACUGGAUCUACUGCCGGCCGCCUUCCAGGCGGGAUGUUCCAUGCAGCAAACGACUGCCAACAAUAGCUUCGCCGGAGGGCAGUCCCAGCCCAGAAGCUUGGAGCAACCAUCGAUUGCCAAACCGCACCCGAACGUGGGAUAUUUUGGUAACGACAAGCGCAAUCUUACAGAGCUGUACAACAGUCGCAAGUCACUCUUGGAGCUGCUGUCGAACAAUUAUGCACCGCCCAAACCGGAUACUCCGCCAGCAACGAAUCUUCCCUUCUGGCUGGAUCCAAUCUGGAAUGAUACUCUAGCCUCCUUGGAAUACUCGCUGGGCGGCAAGGAUCCAAACACGUUGCUCAACAUACCUAUUCCGGAACUGAAAGUUUUCGAUAAUCUGCCACCGCUCGAUACACCGAGCAUUUUGAUGCCGAAGAAGGAACUCGUCUUCACCUUCGAUCAAGAUGAGUAGCUACGGGAGGCGGAAUAGAGUGAAGGAGAUGUUUUCAGUUCCAUGAUUCAGUUUCUCAGUUGUCUCCCUGGAGAAUUAACCUUCUUCGUAAGCGAGUGAGAUUCUUUUGUUAGAUGGUUCGAUGGACAGUUUAAUAUGUUCUAAUAGAUUUGUUAAAAUAGACUGUCCGCUAGAACCAGGCCUUCGGGAACAAUUCCAACGAUUUUAAACACCAAAAAAUCCAAACCUAAAAUGUUGAAUGAGUUAAGGAUGUGGUUAAUGUAGGGUAGUGUCUUUAGUAGUUAUGUAGAUUGCUUGGUUCUCAUAUCCUAGGAAAGGCUUUUUGUGGCAUCUCUUUACAUCGGAUGACUGUUUGUUUAAUUUAAGUUACAACGUGAGUUAUUUUAAAUUUGUGUAGAGUUGCAUGAAGAGUAUUCUGUCUUUAUCGGUAAAUGCGAUAGAAUACAAACCACACCAUAGGCGAGAAGCGAUGCGAAAGAUGCAUGGUGUAAUGGACAAUUAACCAUAGUCACGUGUCGAUGUGAUAACAAAUCUCUCACUCGGAACGCUUUUGCGCAAAAAGGGAUAUUUUCUUGCAGUGCGAGCGAAGAACUGUGAUUGUAAAGCUGUCCCCACCCCCCAUAAACACUACUCGAGAGCGCCGAUGGUGUUCGUAGCUUUUACUCCCAAUAGAGUUAAGGAACAAGUUCAAUCUACCUUCUGUUAAAUCGUGCAACAACGCUUAGCGAAACAGUUAUUUAUUCCUUCAUCAUUCAGUCUAGAGUCAGGACGUGAUUGUGAUUGAAAUAGUUUCUAAAUUCCUAAGAUUAAUCAAAUUUUGAGAAAUAAACUGUUUUGUUGAUGCAUCGUUA